UUCAGAGUGGACGACAUCGUUAUUUUUACGACAGUGUCGUCGUUUCACCGCGUCUCAUCCCGCCCAGACGCACAGAAACCCGAUCAAACGUAUUAAACCUUCUGGCACCGCAUUGCGACGUCGUUAUUUUCUUCCGUCAAAGCUCUCUGAACAGCUCUAACUUUCCCUACCAUCCGCCACUGAAUCCAGAGCAGCUGCUUAGUCUGCCGGCGUUACGCACGGGCGUGUUUCCCUAAUAUUCUUCUAUUUCUAUCUGACUGGCCGUCGGCGGGCCUACACCUCCUCACACGGGAACACGCGACGAGUUUUGAGGCGCGCUAAAGCGCACGGUUAAACCUAAAGCGCAUGCGGUUUUUGUACGAAGAGCUCCAGAGAAUUUUAAGGUUCGAAGAAAGUCACCCCAGCCGUCGACGGGGCUACUCCUCACACGGAAACAGACGACGCAGUCACGAGCAGAAUAGUUCCAGCAAGCAGCAGGCGCCAUGGGAGCAGAGUACCUGGACUCAGGGGAAGGAGGCGAGCCAGCGGUGGAUUCGCCUGUGGAUGACCACACAGGGAAGCCAGCAGCUGAAGGCUGUGUUGCCGCCCGCUCCCCAAUGACCCCUGAGCAAUUCCGAGAGUGGAAGGCGAGAAAGAAACUGCGAGGAAGGAGGAGGCUGCAAGGAAGAGAGCAGAGGACAUUGCGGCCGGGCGAGUACCCAUGAAUGGACGGGAGCUGUUUAUCCAUGAGCCAUGGGUGUUCGACGAUUCUAGAUGUACAUAGCAGCUUUUGUCUUGAUGUAUCACGUGCACUAUUGAGCUGUAGCCCUUAGGAGCAUUUCUAUGAUAUCCAAUCUGACAUUACUAAGUAAUGUCGGUAUUUAGUAGGUUGAUCUGCCGUAACGAGUUUCAAUGCUGUAUGUUGUUCGCGACUGAUUUCGCCCUUCGCAGAAGCCCUGCGAAUAUACUACAGCGCACCAUGUCUGCAGCUCCCUUCAAGCUUCUCUCUCCCUCUCCUACCUCCACCUCGGCCUACCCUGCCUCUCUAUUUGUCUCCUGAACUAACCCUCCUAAACACCUCCUGUACUUAGAUCCUGCGGCCGGUUAGGACGCUGCGACGGCUCGUGUGCGUUGUUGCUGUUUGCGUAUCGGCUAUCAAUUCAGGGUAUUGCAUUGAGCACUAAUAGCGUAACUGAGGUCUUCAAUUAGCUUCAGAUCGUUCCGAGGCCUAUCUAGCUGCGAGCCUUACGAAGCGUCUCAGGGUGCCGUUCGCGGGCUGGGAGUCGAACCAGGAGGGAGGUUGAAGUUAUCUACUAGAAGUCUCAAAGAAAGGUUUCUAUCGAGCUUCGAUCAGGUUUUUGAUCGACCUAAUUCGCCGAUAUCACAGUCGGGCUUUAGUGGUGGAGGAUCAGGCUUCAACGGUCAAGGAUCUGACGCUGCUUUGUCGGAUUAGACAUCAGCCGUCAAGAAUCAGACGUUAACCGUCAAGAUCAGACGUUUACCGUCAAGGAUUUGAUCUGACAGUGGGAGAAUGGAGAUCCCGAGGGAGGACUUCGAGCGAAUCAUGUUCUUCGAGCAGACGAGGGAGCAGGCCAUGGCGGAGUUCAAGAAAAACCCACAUGACGCCGAUAAUCUGACCAAGCUGGGGCGAACGCUGGUGGAGCUGGCGCAGUUUAUUCAAGGCCAGGAGUCAAAUGAGAUGCUGGAUGAUGCUGUAUCAAAGUUUGACGAGGCCCUUAAGAUCGCCCCCUCUCGACCAGACACGCUCUGGUGGCUCGGCAAUGCGCACACCACCAGAGGCUUUCAGACCCCUGACGCCACUCUUGCCAACGUCAGCUUUGAAAAGGCCUCGGACUGCUUUAGGAAGGCAUUGGAUGCGGACCCAAGCAACGACGCGUAUCGCAAGUCACUCGAGAUAUCUCUCAAGGGCCCUGAGUUGCAUCAGGAGGUGCAGAAGCAGAUGGCACUGCAGCAGGCGCUGGGGGCGGCUGUGCAUCCAUCCUCCAUGGACGCUCCCAAGGUCCAGAAGAAAAAGAAGAGCAGUGACUUGUGGUAUGACGUGGCAGGAUGGGUCAUUCUGAGUGUGGGUGUUGUGGCGUGGCUCAGCAUUCUCAGUGCCCGAGCGCCGCCACCUGCUGCUGCUGCCAAGUGAUAGCAGCAGUGAUAACAGUGAUUGUGGUACCCGAUGACGUGGCAACAUGGGUGUAUUCCCAGUGUGAGCUCCACCCGCUGCUGCCAAGUGAUAUGAAAGUUCAAUUGUAGGUAAGCUGCAGCAGCAGGUGGGGAGUAGACCCUGAAAAUGGCUUUGCCUCUUGCUGCUGCCAAGUGAUACUGGCACAAAUGUCAGUUGUAGGCAUGCAGCAGCAGCAGCAGCAGCAGCAGUAGUAGCGGGUGGGGAUCAGACAGGGAAUGGCUAUGGCCAAUGUUGCCAUGAGAAAUGACGAAAGAGCAAUUACUCUCCAAACAGGAAUGCAUAGAUAGGGUGCUUGUGUGCAAUGGUGAUAACUUUACGAAU